AUGCUUCCGCGUUUAAUACCGAUCUCUCGUACAGUUACCAGAUCAAUUCUUAUUCAAAGUUUACCCGUCUUAUCUCAGAGUUUUCCAGUUACUUCAAGGGGACAGAUAGUUCGACACAAAUCUGUAAAACCACCGAAACCUUUUGUAGAAGAUCCUCAAAUUGGUGAUUACCCAAACUUACCUGUUGAAUUUAAAUUAGACAGACCACCACUUGGUUGGGAUGAUCUACAGAAUAGAAGGAAUUUCGGUGAACCGCUUCAUGAGGAAGAAGAAAUAUUAAACGUAUGGUCUUUCGAUAGAUAUGACAUUAGUUUUGGUGAUGCUGCUACACAACUCUUAACUUUCUUUGCUCUUCUCGGUGUUUAUAUGUUUGCGAUUAAACAAACUGAUAACGAACCGCCUGCAAUAAAAAAACAAUAUCCAUACAAUGGCUUACGUGACGAAAUGGGUGGUGAAUCUGUUAAUUCUAUUGAUGUUGAUGAGUAA